AUGCCUCUUCUUCAUACAAACAACCACCUCACCAUGGAAAACCCUCCUAGAUUCAAAUUUACACCCAUCUUCUUCAUCAUCAUUUCCCUCUCCCUUGGCUUAAUUUCAUUUGUCUUGUGUGUAGCAGCCGAGAUAAAGAGAAAUAAGGAGAAGGAUCUCAGGUGGAAUGGGAAGCUGUGUUAUUUGCCAUCAAGCAAGGCCUUUGGAUUGGGAAUAGCAGCUUUGGUUAGUUUCUUUCUUGCCCAGAUGAUUGGGAAUUCUAUAUUAAUAUUAAGGAAUUGUUGUUGGAGAAGAAAAAGUACAUCCCAGUACAAGAUGCCUGCUGUUGCAAAGGUUCUGGUUUUGAUAUCUUGGGUGAGCUUUGGACUUGCAGCUAUUUUACUGAUUGUAGCCACAAGCAUGAACAGAAGACAGGCAUAUAGGGUAGGGUGGUUGAAUGGUGACUGCUACCUAGUCAAGGGAGGAACUUAUGCUGGUUCAGCCAUAUUGGUCCUAGUCACAGUGUGUUCUGUAAAUGGUUCGGCUUUCUCAACAAUAAAAUCCACCCAAGCAAAGCAGCAUACAAAAGUACAAAAGACAAUGGGGUGA